AAAUCAAAUCAAAUCAAAUCCAGCAGAAUGGCAAUCCCCCUCCCUCUCCCCUCCCCUGCGGAUAUGUCUCGCUGUCUGCCCCCAAUUUAAUGCGAGCCUGCAGCGCACCUAAAUUAUUGCUCUUGUUAGUAUGAGUAUCCUCCUCUUCUUCUUCAGGUCCCGUUGAUCAGGGGUUUGCCAUUUGUUGAGUCAGACACUCAGACUGCGAUUCCAAACUCCAAGGUCUCUCUCCCCUGGACUGUUGCUUCUUGUGGCGGCGCCCGUGAUCCCGGCUGCUGAAGCCUGGUGUGCAAGAAUCAAGAGGCACGUCUCCAGAAUCUCUCAGGUUGCAGUUUCUUGGCCUAGGAGAGAUCCUGGUGAUUCUACUAGGGUUUAAUCCCUCAAAAUUGCGGCUCCAAGAGAAAGAUGAAAUCUUUUACAUUCUUGCUGCUGAUUAUUGUGGUGUUCUUGACCCCGGAGAAUGUGCGAGCGCAAUCGAAACCAGUUCUGAUCAACUGCGGCUCGGAUUCCAGCACUGAUGUCGAUGGCAGGACAUGGGUGGGGGACUCCCAUCCUGUCGGCAGCAACUUCACACUCACCUUGCCCGGAGCCAUUGCCCCAGCUCCAGAAAAUGAUGGAGAUGAGGUGUACAGGAAUCUCUACAAGACUGCACGCGUCUUCAAUGUUACGUCGAGCUACAAGUUCGGCAUUGCCGCUGGAAGCUACUUCCUCAGGCUCCAUUUCAGUCAGCUGUUCACCAAUCUCAGUGCCAAUGAAUCGGUUUUCGAUGUCACGGCUAAUGGUCUGAAGCUGCUUUCCAAGUGCAAUGUCCCUGGAGAAAUCUAUUGGAGAAACUCCAAGAUCAAUUCCACCAGCAACAUCAUUGUGAAAGAGUACCUUCUCAAUGUGACCUCUGGGAAGUUGGAAGUUGAGUUUGCUCCUGAUGCUGGGUCAUUUGCCUUCACCAAUGCCAUGGAGGUUGUGCCUGUGCCUGGCAACUCAAUUUUUGAUUCAGUUAACAAGGUGGGUGGUAUUGAGUUGAAGGGCCCGUUUAGACUCGAGGGCAGCGGCAUUGAAACGAUGUAUAGGGUAUGUGUGGGAGGCGGCAAAAUUGAAAGGAAGGAGGAUCCUCGCUUAUGGAGGAAGUGGGAUCCAGAUGAGCAUUUCAUAUUCUCUCUGAAUGCUGCUCAUGCCAUUGCAAAUUCUUCCAACAUAAGUUAUGUCCCAAGUGAUGAUUCUACAUCUGCGCCUCUGAGGCUCUAUGAGACUGCCAGGGUGACGACAGAGAAUUUCGUCAUGGACAAGAAAUUCAAUGUGUCAUGGAGAUUUAACAUAGACCCUGACUUUGAUUACUUGGUCAGGCUUCAUUUCUGUGAGCUGGAGUACGAUAAGGCCGAGCAACGGAAGUUCAAGAUCUACAUAAAUAGCAAGACUGCUGCAGAGAACUAUGAUGUGUUUGCGAGAGCUGGGGGGAAGAACAAGGCUUUUCAUGAGGACUUCCUUGAUGCUGCCUCAUCACAGACAGACACCCUUUGGGUUCAGUUGGGUUCUGAGUCCUCCUCAGCAGGUUCUGCAGCUAGUGAUGCACUUUUGAAUGGCAUGGAGAUCUUUAAGGUCAGUCGGGAUGGAAACCUUGGCCAUCCAACUAUGAGGAUUGGGGUUAUUGGUGGUGGCACGGUGAAACCUAAACGGAGCCCCAAAUGGGUACUGAUUGGUGCAGCUGUUGGUUUGGUAAUUUCUAUCUCAAUUGCUGGUGGUGUUUAUAUCUGUUUUUAUCUGCGACAGAAGAAAAAUACUUCAGCUAACAAAGCCAAGGACAGCCCACCGGGUUGGCGGCCACUUGCGCUCCAUGGUGCUACAGCAAUGGCUACAAAUGCCCGCUCCUCCCCGAUUCUUCACACAACUGGAACAUUUGGAAGCUGCCGGAUGGGCAGGCAGUUCAGUAUUGCAGAAAUUAGAACAGCCACCAUGAACUUUGAUGAGUCCUUGGUGAUUGGAAUGGGUGGUUUUGGCAAGGUCUACAAGGGUGAAAUGGAAGAUGGCACUCUGGUUGCAAUUAAGAGGGGCCACACACAAUCUCAGCAGGGUGUCAAGGAAUUCGAAACUGAGAUUGAGAUGCUCUCAAGGUUGCGACACCGGCACCUCGUGCCCUUGAUUGGCUAUUGUGACGAACAAAAUGAGAUGAUCUUAGUUUAUGAGCACAUGGCAAAUGGCACCUUGAGGAGCCAUCUUUAUGGAAGUGACCUUCCUGCUCUUACAUGGAAUCAAAGGCUUGAAAUAUGUAUUGGAGCAGCACGGGGGCUUCACUACCUUCACACUGGACUUGAGAGGGGCAUAAUUCACAGGGAUGUCAAGACUACCAAUAUUUUGCUAGAUGGCAGUUUUGUUGUGAAGAUGGCAGAUUUUGGUAUCUCAAAAGAUGGUCCGCCAUUGGAUCAUACUCACGUUAGUACUGCUGUAAAAGGGAGUUUUGGUUACCUUGAUCCAGAGUACUUUAGGAGACAACAGUUAACUCAAAGUUCAGAUGUGUACUCUUUUGGUGUUGUACUAUUUGAAGUGCUAUGUGCUCGACCAGUCAUAAACCCGACCUUGCCUAGGGAUCAGAUAAACCUUGCUGAUUGGGCUCUCAAGUGGAAAAGGCAGAACUUACUUGAGACCAUAAUCGACUCUCGGUUAUAUGGAAAUUACACAACCGAGUCCGUCAAACAAUUCAGUGAGAUAGCAGAAAAAUGCCUUGUGGAUGAGGGGAGGAGCCGGCCUUCAAUGGGUGAAGUCCUGUGGAACCUAGAGAGUGCUUUGCAGUUGCACCAAGCUCAUCUGCAAAGUGCAACUGCCAAUGAUCUAUCAGGACGUGAACUUCAGCUCUCUGCUGCAUCUACUAAUAUAGGGUUCAUCGAAGAAGUAGAGGAAUCCGCUCAUGCAGACUGUCAGGAUGCAGAUGACGAAACUGUCGAUGUCAAAAUUGAGGAGCCAUGCUGAGGAAGGGCUGUUGAAUUGGUGGUCCCAAGCAACUGAAUAGGCCAGGCUUCAAGAAGACAAUGCACUAGUAUUGUAGACAAGAAGAGCACCACCCAGCAAAAUUCCAGCAAGAGUGACUGCCCAGAGCAACAACCCUAUCUUUCCUGCAUAAACCAAGGGAGGAAGGUUAUAUGUGCCAUGAGGAUUGAAACAUCUGAAAUUUUUAAUGCAGCAGUGAGCACUUCAAGAU